GCUUUAGGUUUGGAGGAGCGGUGGAGGAGCUGAAGACACAGAGCUGAUCUCCUGCUUGUCCUGCUCUGUCCGGCUGAGGGUUCAUCAGGAUGAAGGCCACUGGGCUCGUUAUGUUGCUGCUGAGUCUUCAUCACAUGUGCUCCUCCUUUGCUCAGGAGUGUGCGUCCACUCACAACCUGCUGACCUCACUGCGACAGGUGGAGAAGAUGCUGGCGGUCCACGAGGCCUCGUACCAACAGGGCCUCCGAUCCCUCAGGAAAAAGAUUAGCGCUCUGCACAACAGCACCAUCGACAUCUUUAAGACGGCCAGGAAAUUAUCCUGCACCAAACCUGAGCCCCCCCCACACGGCCGCAGACUGGGCAGGGUGUUUGGCGUUGGACACGAGGUUCACUUUCUGUGCAAACCCGGCUAUGACCUGAUUGGCCCACGGACCCGGGUGUGUCUGGAGUCUCUGAAGUGGAGCGGCCAACAGCCAAUGUGCAGACGCUUCAACAGCACCGCUAACUCCCUGGCCUCCUUCUCUCCGGCUGCUCCCUCCUCCUCCUCCUCCUCCUCCUCUUCCUCCUCCUCCUCCUCUUCCUCCUCCUCAUCACCCACAUCUUCCCCUCCCUCCUCUUCUGUCCGACCAUCUCACUGCACCCACUUCCUGGGCUCCACCCGCUGCACCUGUGACGUGGGUUUCACCAUAUCAGGCCGCGACAACAACAUCUGCACAGACAUCGACGAGUGUCGUCUGUUUCCUCUCGGUCAGCCCGGCCGGCUCUGCGUCCAUCAGUGUGUGAACACUCCUGGCAGCUUCCACUGCUUCUGUCCAACAGGAUAUGACCUCGCCAGUGAUGGCCGCAGCUGCAAAGACAUCGAUGAGUGUGAAAACCGCAUGCACAACUGCACAGUGAACCAGUUGUGUGUGAACACAUAUGGGGGGUUCCAAUGCGUGACGGUGGAGUGUCCUCAAGUGAAAAAUGCCACGUACAUCAAGACGUCACCAAUGCGCUGUGAGAGGAACCCAUGCAUGCUGGGAGAUAAGGCGUGCACUCAGGCGCCAAACUCAAUCUCUUUCCAUUUCCUCUCCGUGGUGUCCAACAUGUCCGCCCCUCGGGUCCUCUUCCGGGUGUCGGCGGCUCGCGUGUUGGGCGACACUCUGCGCUUCGGCCUGGCGGGCGGCCGCGGACGGGGCCACUUCAGCGUGCAGCGCUCAGGCCGACAGACUGGCACCCUCCUCCUGGUGACGCCGAUAAAGGGUCCCGCCACUUUGGAGGCUGAGGUGGAGAUGAGCGAGCUGGAGCGCAACGCCCUGCUGGGCCGCUACCUCACAAAGGUCACGCUGUUUGUUUCCUCGUACGAGUUCUAACUGGAGGAUAGAUGGGUGGGGGGGGUCAAACCACUUAGUCUUUCCGGCCUCUGUGUAGGUGAUUAACUGUAUCUGUUGAACUCUUUUAGACCUCAGUUAUCCAGUGCCUAGAAGUUCAUCUAAACCCAACAGGUUGUUUUCUUCUCUUUCUUUUUUCACUGAUAUUUUUGGCCUUUAUUGAAAUGGAGAGCAAGAGCCGUGAAAGGGCCGCUGGUGGUCCCAGUGAGACUGACCUGACGAGAGCCGGUCACUACAGUGCAACAGCAGUUUACACUAAAGGUGCAUCAAUGUCUCUGUUUGAUCAGUUGAUGCUAUUACAACUAAUGAAGUCCAGGCAGCAAUAUUACAUUAUCAAUUUAUAAUUUAUAUUUUAAUCUUAAACCAAAAUUGUCAUUAAUUCACUGGUCCCAGAUUUGUUUUAAAAUGUGAGUAUUUCCAGAUUUUUGUGACUUGACCUUAAUAAAACCAGUUUGUAAAGUGUUCCACUGGGCAGAGCUGGAUCGACAGAAGAGUUUGAAAGGUCUGUUCAUGUUCACGUGAUCUUGGCACUAUGGUACGGAAACAUUUUGCGAAGAAUAUAUUCCCUUGAUUGCAACUUCAGUAUCUACAGUAUUAUGCGCUUGUAAUCUUAUAAUCUUGUGGGGCUAAUUUGCCUUUUUAUUUGGUUUUCAUUGAACUUUCAUUGCUUUUAAUAUGUGAUAUGUAUAUUUGUAUGUUUGUUAUUGAUUGCCUGUGUGUUUCUGUGUCUGUAGUCUGUGUCUGUAGUCUGUUCACUGUGUGUCUUUGUUGAAUCUCUCACUGCUUGUAUUUAUUUUCAAAACAUUUUAAUUCUUGACCAGAAGAGAUGUUUUAUCUCAAUUGGACCAAUGGGAGAAAUUCAAUAAAUAUAUUACACAAUGAUAAGGUUCUAAAUAGUUGUGAGGAAACAUGCUGAACUCCUUUCUGUGUAAGGCACCGAGCCCUUUUUCAGCUCAGCCUGAUAUCUCCAUAAAUCUUAUUCUCUGUAGACGUCAUGGUGUUUGAGCUUUUCUUUGGUCAACAGACAUGUGCCAGUUUUAAAGAGACUCCAACAAAUGAUUUAUUCUGGGAGGAGAAACACUUUCAAAGAGAAAUCAGCAUGUGGGUUGCUCAGAUUCUGGCUCCAAUGUAAAUUGCUGAAUUAACAGCAGUUUGCUGUUUGAGAAUUUCAUAUUGUUUGUUGUAAAGCACUUUGUUACUGGUAUUGAAAUGUGCUAUACAAAUAAAGUUAUUAUUAUUAUUAUUUCAGAUGAUUAAUGCUCAGCUAUAAGAUCUGAAUGUGAAAAUGCAUGAGCGUCACAAACUGGGACUAUGAAUAUUUCUUUUUUUUCCCACAGUGCUGAGAAUGUGUGCUUUGCCUCAUUCGCAUUAUAUUGCUAAAAUAACCUCGUUC